AUGUUGAGUACUGAGGGAUCUGACAAGAAAUCCAUAUCAGUUGGGCCGUGGGGAGGUCACAACGGGCUCAUUUGGGAUGACAGAGUUCACUCAACUGUGAAGCAGCUGGUGAUAGCUCAUGGAGCUGCCAUUGACUCUAUCCAGAUUGAAUAUGAUGAGAGAGGAAGCUCAGUUUGGUCAGACAAGCAUGGUCGAAAUGGAGGCUGGAAAACUGACAAGGUGAAGCUUGCUUCUCCAGAAGAAUUUUUAACUUCAAUCGAGGGAUAUUACGGUAAGAAAAGCGAAUGGGGGCCGAUCACAGUUCGAUCUCUCACUUUCAAGAGCAACAAAAGAACUUAUGGACCGUUUGGGGUCGAACAAGGAACCUAUUUUUCACUCCAGGAGACAGCUUCGAAUAUUAAGAUUGUUGGGUUCCAUGGCAUGUCCGGCUGGUAUCUUGAUUCCAUAGGCGCUUACGUAAAGCCUAUUGAUCAGAAUGAACAAAAGCAACACGCGAAAACCCUGCUUCGGACACCUUUCAAUUAUCCGACUAUUGGUACUGAUCAGAACCUUGCUGGCUACUCACUAAUCCAAAACUGUAAUGUGCUUUUUGCUAUGACGCCGAAGGACGACUCCACUGCUAAACCAGCUGCAGUACCAGUACCAGUACCCAAAAUGCUCUCAGGGCAGUUUUCUGAUUCCGAAAUAAGUGACGUAGGAACCAAACAUGAGCUGACGACGAAUGUUGAGAAGUUUCCCUCAAAAGUUGAAGGGGUGGUAGCAUAUGGCCCCUUCGGAGGGACGGGUGGUGCUGCAUUUGAUGAUGGGAUUUAUUCGGGGAUUAGACAAAUCAAGUUAUCAAGAAACAUCGGUGUUGUAUACAUAAAGGUUCAGUAUGACCGCAAUGGUGAAGCUGUUUGGGAAGGCAGACAUGGCGGGACUGGAGGAUUUAAAAGUGACAAGAUAGUUUUUGAUUACCCGAACGAGAUCUUGACGCAUAUAACAGGAACAUUCGCACCUACAAUGGUCAUGGGGACUAGUGUUAUCAAGUCCCUCACUUUCCACACCACGAAGAAGCAGCAUGGGCCGUAUGGAGAAGAACAAGGAGCCUGUUUCACAACCAAGCUUAAAGAAGGGAAAAUCGUCGGAAUUCAUGGGAGGAGUGGUCUGUUCUUAGAUGCUCUUGGGGUCCAUGCCAUAGAAGGAAAGGUCCAUAUUGUAGAGACAAAGACACCUUUCACUGCAAUGAUCCCAAAGGAGCAUGCAGGGGCAAUUACUGAGAUAGAUAAUCCUCACUGGACAAAUAAACUACUAAUGACAAACGGAGGAAAAGUCGAAGAGGUUGCUUAUGGGGUGAUAAAAGAACCAGCUCCGUGUGGACCGGGACCUUGGGGCGGAGAUGUAGGUAGAGCAUGGGAUGAUGGAGUGUUUUCCGGGAUUAGUCAGAUUCAUUUGACAAGAGAAGCAGAAGGCAUUUGCUCAGUGCAGAUUGAGUAUGAUCGAAAUGGUCAAUUCAUUUGGUCUGCUAAGCAUGGAGGCAAUGGAGGAACUUCCCCACAUAGAAUAAAAUUGGAGUACCCUCAUGAAGUGAUCACCUGCAUAUCUGGAUAUUAUGGUUGCAUAAGCAAAGAUCAGGGACAGGGACCUAAAAUCAUAAAGUCGCUGACUUUUUUCACCAGCAGAGGCAAGUAUGGUCCGUUUGGAGAACAAGUUGGGACAUUCUUCACUUCGACCGCGACGGAGGGCAAGUUGGUGGGAUUCCAUGGGAGGAGCAGCCUGUAUUUGGACGCCAUCGGAGUUCACAUGCAGCAUUGGCUUGGAAGUGAUCAGAAAACAAGCCACAAGCCAUCCCUCUUCAAGAAGUACUGAUCAUAUGUCUCAAGCAAUAAUUGGAGUUCAUAGAGCACGGAAAAUAAAAUAGUUUUUGACUCGUGAUAACAUUUGCUUGUUUUGGGUCAUUUGCUUAUAUGUUUUAGUAGGUCUUGAUUUUUA